AAGAAAGGCUGGAGGUGGGUUUAGUCCAUCGUUUCCAUUAUAUGAAGUUCCCAUUCUGGGGAUGUCCUUUUCUCAAUUCCCAUGGCGCCGGGAUCUCGAAAGAGGUUAAAGCUUAGCCCGUCAGGCGCGGACUCGCAAUCCACACCGACGUCGAACGAUAAGCAGGACUCAACCACGGACGCAGUCAAAGAACGCUCCACCUUGCGGAAGCGAGGAAGUGGACUAAACCUGUAUCUCGGCUCGUUGUCAUCGGUAUCCCUAGUCUCGUCCAAAGCGGCUCCUGUUACCGAGGUUGCCUGCGAGAGCGUAGCGUCGAGUAAUACCAUAUCCUCCUCUUCGAUCUCCCGCCACGAUUUGCCAAAGCAGCACCGCAGUUCUUCAAUCCAGUUGACACGGAAAGCAGGCGCGUCGAGCAGAUCUCUUCCUGCUGACGCGACUACGACUAGACUAAACGUGGCUUCGGACGGUUCCGCAUCUACACCAAUUGUCGACAGUCCCCAAGGAGCUGCCACCCCAACCUCGCAAUCAAGUAACAAGGAAAAGUCGGAAGAGAAUAUUACAGGCGCUGCAGGCGAAACUGUUAGGGAGGGUGAACAAAGUGCAGAAGUAGCGGCACCGCCUAGCGCUCCGAACACGGCCGGUGGAGGUGAAGGUUCCGGCAAUAUCGCAGCUCCAGAAAAUCAGACUGCCGGAUGGUUCUCGUGGUUUUAUAGUUAUAUACCCUCUGUCUCAGGGACAAGCGAUUCGACCGGCACAGAUCCGCCAGAGGUUGAGGCUGAACCCCCCACUGACGAGCAGACUUCGGGCGAGGCCGACACUCAGCCAGUCGAUAGACUUCCGGAAGAACAAAGUGAGGUGAACGAAGAUAUAGAACAAACCCCACAGCCGCAGAAGCUAUCCUGGUUCCAGAUGUGGAGAGGAGGGGGAUCAUCUUCGCCUUCCAAGGCAGCCGAAGAACCAAAAAACGAAGAACCAAAAAAGGAAGAACCUGCUGCUACGGACGCAUGCCCUCAAGUUGCCGAUACUGAAUGCCCGUCAGAUCGUCCAGCUGGCGAACUAGGACAAGCAGGCAUCACUGCCGAACCCCCUUCCAGAAAUGUUAAGUCCUCUGGUUGGUCAUUCUGGUCUAGAGAUACGUCAAAGGACUUGACAAAUGGGAAAUUGGAAGAUGUGAAGACCGUCGAAGCUUCUAUUGCACAAGAUCCAUCAAAGCCGUUGAAUCAAGAUCCGGAUGCCAACCGACAGGUCGAGAUCACGCAGAAGGGAAGUGUCAAAGCAAAGAAACAAAAAUAUAGCGUCGAAGCAGCAGCGGCAGAAGGCCUUUCAGGCCCUCCACUUACAGCUCCCAAGGCUACUGAGCCUACUGCGUCGAAACAAUUACAGAAGGUCUUACCGAACCAGGUACUACCACGCUUUAGAGAUACGUUCGCUUUGCAAGGGGCACCAUCUUUAUUGCAAACAAUUGGACGUUUCUUACAUUAUACUAAAGAGCCGGAGCGUAAACAUGUUAACGUGGUUAAGGAUCCACACCAUAUCAAGAAAGCUCUGGCUAUUGGAGUACAUGGGUACUUCCCUGCCCCCUUCAUCCGGAGUGUCCUUGGUCAGCCAACAGGGACUUCAGUGAAAUUUUGCACCAUGGCCGCGAGUGCCAUAAAGAAAUAUGCGGAAAGCCGUGGCUACGAGUGCGAGGUCGAGAAGAUUGCUUUAGAAGGAGAAGGUCGUAUCGCUGAACGUGUGGAUCUAUUAUGGAAAUUACUGCUCAAUUGGAUGGAGGAAAUAAGAAAGGCAGACUUCGUUUUAUUCGCAUGUCACAGCCAAGGGGUUCCGGUGACGAUAAUGCUAGUUGCAAAAUUGAUAGCCUUCGGCUGUCUAGAUACAGCUAAGGUGGGGGUAUGUGCAAUGGCUGGUGUUAAUCUUGGGCCUUUCCCCGAUUACAAGUCUCGUUGGAUUAGUGGUUCUGCUGGAGAGCUCUUCGAAUUUGCUCUGCCGCACAGUCGGGUUUCAAGAGACUAUGAGGAUGCACUGAGACGUGCACUGGAUUUUGGAGUUCGGAUCUCCUACAUCGGGAGUAUCGAUGACCAGUUGGUCUCUCUAGAGUCAUCUCUAUUUUCUCCCAUAUCCCAUCCGUAUAUCUACAGGGCCGUUUUCGUAGAUGGGAGAGUUCAUGCCCCAAGCUUCCUCUCACAUCUGGUCGGCUUCGCUCUGAAACUGCGAAAUCUUGGUGUUCCAGAUCACGGCCUCAUUAAGGAGCUUAGCUCUCCACUUGCAGGCAGCCUUUAUACCGGAGAGGGACAUUCACGGCUCUAUGAUGAUGAGUCUGUGUAUCAGUAUGCUCUUCAGCCUCCCCUGUCAUUCCCUUAACAUCACCCAAUAUAUAUGUCUUCAUCGGUCAGACUCUAAUCUGCACUCAUUCCAGCCUCGCCAUUGAAUUCGCCCUGGAAACAUCAAACGUCGGCGGUGCCACUUUGGAAAUCAAACGACCCACUCAACCAUACACACCAAACCCAUACAUACUCCCAUUCGCCAUGAGAGGUCUCCUGGAAGAAGAAUAUGUCCGACGUGAACUCCACCAGGAAAUGAUAGAAUUACUUAGACAAUUCGAUGACUGGAAGCCAGCUAGCAAGGUACUGAAGGACGUCAAGUUUCGCUUAGAAGGUAUACGGUCGAAACUUUAAUCAUUAGAGACGCUAUACUCAGCUUUUAUGAUUUCGAUGUCCUGUGCCCUUCUUCGCUCACCUAAGGUUAUCAUACCAUUGUCGUUUGCUAUUAUUGGAGUACAAAGAGCUGGGCGUUAGGUUAGGGAUGAGCGGUGUCCUCUUGUACAUACCUAUUGAUUAUUAUAUUAAGUCUUGCUUCUUGAUUCAACUCGA